UUGUAGUCAGACGUGGCACAGUGCAAGUACCAUCACUACAACAGCAGCAAAAAUACCAACAUGGGGAACAUCCACGCAACUAUAAAGCACCAGGCCAAUACUGAUGCAGAAAGAGAUGCCAAAAAAAUUCGGAAAGCAUGCAAAGGAGCGGGCACAGAUGAAGCAGCUAUUAUUGAAGUCCUGUCAAGCCGAACAGCACAGCAGAGGCAAGAGAUAAAAAAGAGUUACAAGACAAUGUAUGGCAAGGAUUUGGAAGAUGUUCUUAAAAGUGAAUUGAGUGGUGAUUUUGAAAGUCUUUCCUUGGCACUAUUAGACCUUCCAUGUGAGUAUGAUGCAAAACUAUUACGGAAAGCAAUGAAAGGGGCUGGAACAAAUGAAAAACUGCUAAUUGAAGUUCUGUGUACAAGAGCUAAUCCGCAAAUUAAAGCCAUAAAGGAGGCAUACAAAAGAAUUUUUGACAGGGACUUGGAAGAUGAUGUCAAAAGCGAUACAAGUGGUGCCUUCAAAAAGCUUCUGGUUGCAUUGCUGCAGGCAAAUCGAGAUCCUGGACUUGAAAUCAACAAGGAACUGGCAGAGGCUGAUGCCAAGGAGUUAUAUGAGGCAGGUGAAGGUCGUUGGGGUACAGAUGAAUUGGCUUUCAAUAGUGUUCUGGCUAAGAGAAACUACAUGCAAUUAAGAGCUACAUUUGCAGCCUACGCAAUUCUGCAUGGAAAAGACAUAGAGGAUGUGAUUAAAAGUGAAACUUCUGGUGACCUGAAGAAGGCUUAUCUAACAAUAGUGAAAUGUACCAAAGAUUGUCAAGGUUACUUUGCUAAGAGACUCUACAAAGCAAUGAAAGGAGCAGGGACAGAUGAAGCCAUACUGAUUCAGAUUCUUGUAAGCAGGGCAGAGAUUGACCUUCAAGCAAUUAAAGAGAAAUAUCAGUCAAUGUACAACAAGUCCCUUGGUGAUGCUAUCAGGUCUGACACAUCAGGUGACUUUCGAAGGCUACUACUGGCCUUACUGCACGAGAAAUGAAUUAGACAAUGUCAGUAAACACCCAAGCAAGUUCUGUUCCAACAAAACAUGCCAAAACUCUGCAAAGACAGUGAGAUCAAAACCACUCCAUCUCAAUUUUGUAGACAAGUACACAAUCAGUUUUUCCUUGCUGAAUUUAACUAAUAGUUUAAACAACUUUUAUUUUAGACCUGUAUGCAUGUUUCUUCAUUUCUAGUUAUUUAUGACCAUGGAUUGAUAGUACCGCCUUUGCAUGGUUUUGAUAUGAAAACCUGUUUCGUAGACUUUAUAAACAUAUUUUGUUUUAUAUGCUAAUGUCUAUAUUACUGUAAUAAAAAAGAAUGAAAAGA